AUGCCAUUUGGUCCCUUUACUCUGAGAUGGCUAACCCCAUUUCCCAACCCUCCGACCCCCUCUUUAUUGCCAUCUGGCCUAUCAAGGUCUUACCUCUCCACGCCCAACGGGCCCCUGGAACUCCUCUCCACCCUACCCUCUUCCCCUUGUCCAUCUAAACCACCCCUCUUCUUCGCACACGGUGGCUUCGGAAGUGCUUCUAUUUGGCAAAAGUACAUGGUCUACUUCUCCGAUCGUGGCUAUGCUUGUUAUGCUGUUAGUUAUCGUGGACAUGGCGCAAGUUGGUAUCCUGCCUUCUGGAGCCUGUAUUUUACAACUAGAGGAAAAAUUGCCCAAGACCUGGUAGCCGGCAUCAAGGAAGCGGAGCGUCUGGAAGCAGAGAGAUGCGGCAGUCAGGAGAGGGUGCCUAUGGUAUUGAUAGGGCAUUCUGCAGGAGGAGGCCUGGCGCAGUAUGUAUUAAGUCGGGGACUGGUGACGGUACAAGGGUUAUGUUUAUUCGCCGCUAUUCCAGGAUUUGGAUCAUACUCAUGCUACACUUUUUGGCUUCCGAUGGCAGCGCUACAAUUCUUCUAUCGCCUCUUCCAUCCAAAAUAUAUCCUCGCAACCACGCAGCAAGUCCAAGAUGCGUUCUUUACGCCCUCGACACCCAAAUCUGUCGUGGAAGAUCUGCAGCGCCAACUGAGUCCGUACGAGUCCAUGUGCUGGCCUCUUCAGGCUCUCAACGCCUUCGUUACAGGGCCAGAUGUACUGCAGCGGAUCACAGGAUGGUCGUAUGUUCAUCGGUCAUUGAACCAGGGUACGACUUCAACGUUGCCAGCAAGCGGGGUCACGCCAAGAUUAUUCGUUCUUGCUGCUCAGCACGACGUGCUCUGUAGACCGGCGACUCUCUUAAAUACAGCAAGGCAUUACCGCAACGCAUUUCGACAGUGCUUGGAGAUGAGAAAGUGGCAAGGCGUUUCUUCGGAAACCUUGGCGUUGGCAGAUGACGAUAGCCGUGAUGGUGUGAGAUUCAAGGUAGUGAAAGGGGUUGCUCAUCAUCUGCAGAAUCAUGUGGAGUGGGAACGGGGUUCAGAAGAGCUGUUGAAGUGGACAGAGUUGCUGUAG